CUCAAUUUGAGGCAAAUGCUUGUGAUUGUCGAGUGAAAUAUGCGAAGCAGGGUCAGUUGAUGUGCGCGAAGAAGCGUGUUGCAUUGUUGUCUCCGCUAGCCAAGGACAAGGAUGACUAAAAAGAAACCCUCACCACAAAAUCGAAUUUGGGAAAAGGAGCGUCGUGAACGAUUGAACAAAACCUUCGAGGACUUACAGCGGCUACUGCCCGACGAUGAACCGGCAUCAACGCUUAGCAAAAUCGAAAUCCUGCAGCGGGCGAUCGAGCUCAUUAGUAAACUUCAAAAAAAGAUUAAGGACCUCACCCAGGAGUGUAAUGAUCCACUGAAGGAUCACGUACGCGAACAGGAAGAUCGCUUAAAAAAGCUGCUGACAAGAAACGAGGAACUAAUAGGGUUGCUAAAGAAGGCAAAUGUGACCAUUCCGCCUUGCAAGUAUACGAUAGAGCACACGGUGGAACACAUAGAGGAGAAAGAAAAUGGCACGCCAGAGAAGAAACGAGCUGCAUCGAAGCCACAGCAACGUCGCAGCGGAAGUGGUAGUCCUAGGAAACAGUCUGUGAUAAAAAAACCGGGGGCAGUUGUUCCGUUAACCAGUGGUGUCGUAUCGCCGAGUUUAGCUUUAAGCAACAUUCAAAGUUCCACGGUUCCUUCCAGUGGCGGUACUAGUGUGGCAUGCACUUCCUUUUCGAUUCAGAGCACCAGCCACACAGGGGUGAAUUCUUCUGCGCUCCGCCACCUAAACGGGAUGACCUUAAGCACCGGAAAUGGAGUAUCGGUAACGCCAGCGCUUCUGCCCACACCGAUCAUGACAACCAGUGUGCUGAUAUCGAACAACGGCAACCUGGUGCAGAUGCCGAUCGUUGCGCCUCCCUCUUCACUACUCAUCGUCGGUAAUGAGGAUGUGCGGGCGAAGCUUAACUUAAAGAAACGUUCCCACGGCGUAGGUGGUGGCAAGGGAAGGGCCAAGAUCGGCAAGUUUACCAUCAAAUCGAUCGAUCUGAUCCCGGGGCGGAUCGUGAAUGGGAAGGUUCCGAUUCCACCGCUCAGAAGAGCACUCAACGAGACGACGCGUACUGCUUGUAAGGUUCUCAAAAGAAAGCGCAAAAAGUUCACGGAAAAGUGCAAAAAACUGAGAAAGACGCUCACCGAGGAACCGGUUUCGAAGGGCAAUAUUCCUGACCAAUCAUUCGAAGAAGCGGAGAAAAGUCAAUCUAAUAGUGGUUUGGCGGAUGUGCACCCGUGUAGCAAGCCCAUCGUGACAGAGCAAUCGAGCGCUCCGGAACAGCCUGCAUUAUCGGUGCCUGAACCUGCCACGGAAGAAGUAUCGGAAAUUCCGCCGAAAGAUUCGCACCAUUCGAAUGUGGAUCCACAAGAAGCUGAGCUAGAUCUCACUACCCUUAACCAUGCGGAUCUGUCGGAAGACAUUUUCGCAACUCUACAAGUGCCGAGUAAUCCGGACGCUCAUGGUUCGCACGAUGCUGGGUCACUGUCUCCGACGGCUGCUUAUCUGAUGAACUUCCCGCUCGUAGCCGGUGGAGGCAAAGCGGCCGGGAAUCACACGGAACAAACCGAUGAAGUGGACGAAGAAGCAUGCAACGAAGGCUUGACCAAGGAGCAUGGAGGAACACAAAAGGACACGGCAAGCGGGAUACCAGACACUGGUACCGGAACCUUGAUGUUGGACAAUUUUUCCUCCUUGUUCAACUAUACCCAAGUCGAUGCUGCUCCCACUGGAACAGUUGAACCGUUGCCUAGCUCGACGGCUACCAUGACAACGACCAGCAGUUCGCAAACGACUAAAGAUCAGAGCAGCUUCACGACGAACUACUCGAACAUGUAUCAAUCCAUCGACACCAUGCUGGAGCACCGAACGGUGGACCCAAACCGGACUGUGGGUCUGAAAAUGGGACAAAGUGACAUGGACCAGAACAGCAACGCUACUGGCGCGUUCACUUUUACCCUAACUUCGAGCACUACAACAGCACCACUGACGACGCACCAACGUUGCUCGACCUCAAACCAGCACCAUUUCUACCCACCAUCCGUUGGGACAACAUUGCCGGGCGACAAAAAGGGCGUAGUAAGCGCAGACACCACUCGAAAAUCACCUUCUCCACUGGCCAUCGAAUUUACCUUCUCACUAACCACAACCACGGCCAGCCAACCUCGCACGGUCCAAUCGCAGUACACGAACAGUUCCAUGCUGUCGUCGACAAUGACCACCCCGUCGUACGAUACGUACGGAUACUACCACACAACGGUGAACAACAAAUCUGGAAGUUACGGAAGUAACGGAAGCUUCAAAGUUCCGCUUGACCCACUGCCGGGCACCACAACCGAGAAACCGGCGACCAGUUUCACCUUCUGCUUAACGUCAUCGACCAAAACGCAACCUUCGUACGCGCAAUCGUUGACGGCUCCGGUGGCCAGUACGAUAUCAAUUUUUGAAUCGCCACCGAAGCUCUCAACGAAGCAGCAGACAGCGCAAGGCAAAGAUUGCGCCUCGGUGGGGCUUACAAAACAUCGGUCAUUUUCAGUCUCAAGCAGACCCGGAAAAGAUGCCAGUGGCCAGUCACGCGUAACAGAAGCGAUGGCAACGCACCAGCAGCACGGCAUUCAACAGCAGCAACAACAACCAACGCAAUCGAAGUACGACGUCUCCUGGAUGGCCGCUGGGGCCCAUGAUUACAAAACUGGUGACCAACCGGUUGUCACUCAAAGUUUUCAGCAGCAAACGGAUUUCCCUUCGGCAGCAGGAGGCUACACGGCAAACUUUGAGCCCCACCAUCACCAUCAUCAGCGCAAGUCGGACAUUUUCUUUGCCCAUCCACCGGGCGAGGAGAACGGUCUCGGUGCGACCGGUUCUUGGUCGUCAGCCAACAAGUUGACUAACGGCGUUUUAAACGAUUCUUCCACCCCUUACUUCCCGUCCGUUGCGGUUCCGCCUUUGACCGGAGAAUUGGAACCGAAUGCUUCUGCUGGCGUCUCCUCAAGGGCGGUCGGUGGUGGCAAAACGACUUCCGGGAAGAAAAGACACACCACAACGCACCAGGAAACGGCAGCCACCGGUGGCACUAGCUUCCUGUCGGUGAGUCAGCUUGUGGAUCAGCCGACCAAAACAACGUACCACCACCACCACCACCCCACCGUCAGCAGCGGUGGUGGCGUGCCGGUGGGCAUCCCGUCUUCAGCCGCUUGCCAACAGAAGCCCAACAGCUACUCCGCCGAGGCUUUGAUUGGCAACACGACGUGUACGGUUCCCAGCACAACGGGUCCGGCAGAAUCUAACGGGCGCAGGGAGAAGCUGUUCGACUACGGUGCCAGUGGGGAAAUGGCCACCGGCACGAACUCAAGUUUGACGUUCAAUUUCGACACGUACGGAGCUACGGGCCCUGAUUAUGGUAAAAGUUACAACUUUUCCAAUCAAUUUGCGGAAAGUAGCAGCAACUACGGUGGUUUACCGAGCACUGCCAGAAGGAGCGGUGGAACGUCCACUGGGUCCGGGUUGUACUACGGAAAGACAGCGACUGGAACCACGCAAAGCUACUACCAUCACACGGGCCACAGUGAGGGAUCCGGAGGGACGAGUACUUACCAUCACCUGCCACCAACCUCUACCGGAGCCGAAUUUACACCUUACUAUCUGCCCGGUUUUGCGGAGAAAACGAACCCCGUGCAUGGACCCACGUCCGAGAAGCACUACCCAGUGGCACACGGUGAACAGCCCCAUUGUCGAAACUCGUUGAAGAAAAGCCAAAAAGCGGUCGGCAUUCUGCCGGUGGCUGACUACGCGUUCAGCACGGCCCCAAGCAGCGUUACAUCCAACGUGGAUGCCGGUGGUCCGGUGGUAAAUGGAUCGCAAGGACAAUCCCUGUCUUACCCAAACUACCAUUAUCCUCAGCAACAGCAGCCAGAACUGCAACAGCACCAUCAGCACGACCACCACCAACAGCAUCAACGGGUGCAACAUCAGCACUACGGUACGAUCGAGAGCAGCAAUGUAGCUCACAAGUCAUCUAUCCAGAGCGGUACCUCGUACAACUAUGGCCAGUACCCGUCAACGCCAGCACCGAUCGGGUUCGACACUCCAAAACCUGCCAAACUGCCAAUGCAACUCUCGAGCAGCGCACUGCUUCUACCGGGUGACGAUGGCAGUGGUCUACACCCGCCAGGCCCGACAUCCUCUUAUGCCACGGUCAGCCACGCGCCCCAUUUAGAGAUCGCGCCGCCAUGCUUUAAUGCUCCACCGCCGCCAACCGUUGGGUACGGCGUUAAUCCUUCCUCGUCCCAAGUGUCACUGUACGGUGGCCAUGGGCAGCUUCAGACCAGCGGUUCGCAUUCGUCGGCGACGGGAGGAACGAUUACGGACUUUAACCUGAGCACGAUCUGUCCGGAGAUUGACGAGAAAACGGGACGCACGACGACCGUUGCUGGUCGCAAUGGAGCGCAGGUUGCGUCCAUCAUGAGCCUUUGGUGAACGCGCAACGAUUGGCGAGUGUAACAAGGAAACAAAUGUAGACUGUAACAUGUUUCUCCAUUGGAAGGUAAAUUAUUACGUGCAAUCUGGCACCGUCGUUGGUGUGUCGCUGUACAAGACCUCAGAAUGUACAUGUUAUAGUAAUAAACUGUGUAAAUAUGGUUCAAUAAAACGGUUCAGGAA